AUGUACGCUCCACCGUUUCCCCGAGUAGCCUCACGUUUUCUCGGGGCGAACUAUGUGCUCGCGGCUGCAAUGUCACUAAGCGGUGUACGGUUUAAUUCAAUCGAAAUUGCGGUAGCGACGUCUGGGUUAUCGCCGUGGGCCCACGAGCGAACGGAGGGGCGCGCUAGACGACGUCGCUCGGGCUACUGCGUCGCGGCGGAGGCGGAGGCGGCGGCGCCGGAGCAUCUAAAUCGGGAUCGACUCGCGACUCUCGCCGCGUCUCAAAUACCU